AGUUGCUUCUAUAGUUUUGAAAUAUUUCAAUUUAAUAUAAUUAUUGUUGUCAAAUAUAUUAAUUAAAAAAAUUGUGAAAUGAUUGUUAAUGAUUUUAAAUAUUUGAAAAAAUUGAUUUUUAGGUCAAUAAUAUCCUUUAGAUUUUUUAAAUUAUUUUGAUAUUCAAGCUUUUAUAUAACUUAUUAUUUAUAUAGCUUUUAUUUAAUUCCCACAUCAUGAAUUUUCAAGAGUCUGGUUUAGAAAAAAAAGAUCUUUGCAAUGUAUUAUUGAAAUGGUUACAAACAUUUUCCCUUAAAGGAGCUCAUCGGACUUUACAUGAUAUAUCUGACGGUGUUGCUAUGGCUGAGGCACUUAAUCAAAUAGCACCUGAAUGUUUUGAUGAGAACUGGUUUUCAAAAAUUAAAAAAGAUGUUGGAAGUAAUUGGAGACUUAAAGUCAGUAAUUUGAAAAAAAUAGUAGAAAAAAUUCAUGAUUUUUAUCAAGAAAAUGAUUCUCAACACAUAGGGAACUUUUCCGCUCCAGAUGUUGUUAAAAUAGGUGGUGAAGAAAAUAAAUUAGAAUUAGCUCGCUUGCUGCAACUUAUUUUAGGAUGUGCUGUUAACUGUCAAAAAGCUCAAGAAUUUAUUACAAAGAUAAGGUUAAUGGAUGAAAAUUCUCAAACUGUUAUAAUGCAGUCGAUACAGGAUUUAGAAAGAAUUCAAGGACACACACAAAGCAGUUUUACUAAUAGUCUUAGUAUUGAUAUUAUUCAACAGGAUCAAGUUCAACAACUUAUUGAUGAACUUCAUGCAGUUACUAAAGAUCGGGAUCAAAUGACUCAGCGUUGUCUAGAACUUGAUUCACAAAUUAGCGUACUACAAGAAGAAAAAACAUAUAUAUUAGAUGAAAAAAGACAUUUGGAAGAAAGGCUAUUGGAAAGUGUUGAAGAUCCUUUAAAAGGAAAUGGACAAAUGAGGAGGCAAAUUGAUGAAUUAAAAGAAGAAUUAUACAAAGCUGAGACAUCUAGAGAUGAUUUUAGACUAAAAUUUGAAACACAAGAAAGAGAAAUAGUUGACUUAAAAUUAAAAUUUGAGCAAUUACAAGAAACUGCUGGUGAAGCCAGAUUAUUAAAAGACGAAUUAGAUAUUCUUCGAGAUACUGCUGAUAGAGUUGAGAAAUAUGAAUUAACCUUACAAUCAUACAAAAAGAAACUUGAAGAACUUGGAGAUCUAAAAAGACAAGUCAAAGUAUUAGAAACAAAAAAUAUAGCUUAUAUUCAACAAAAUAUGGAACUAGAACAAGAGAUAAAAAAAUCCUCUGUUUGGAAAUCACAAUUAGAAAUUUACAAAAAACAAGUAACUGAAUUGCAUCAAUCACUUAAUGAUGAAACAAACAAAUCAGAUAAAUUAGAAUUUGAAACUAAAAAACUAAUUGAGAGUAUGAAUACUUUGAAAAAAGAAAAGGAUAGAUUAAUUGUAGAAAGAGAUUCUUUAAAAGAAUCAAAUGAAGAAUUGAAAUGUUGCCAAACCCAACAAAAACGUAGUAGUGUUAUUGAUCAUUCUCAAGCAACUACUGGUGAUGAUAUGGAUUCUGUUAUGGAGUUAAAGCAAAAAUUAGUCCGGCUUCAACAUGAAAAUACAAUGCUAAAAAUGAAUCAGAAAGAUCCUGAAGAAGAUAAAGUUACUGUACUACAAACAUUAUUGGAUAACACAAGACAACAAUAUAACCAAUUGAGAUUAGAUAAUAGAAAAGCUAAUCAAAAGAUAAUGGAAUUGGAAUCUGAAUUAAAAGAACACUCAGAAGAUAAUUCAAAUGAGUGGAAAAUAAAGGUAAAAGAGCUUCAAAGUAAACUUCAGUGUGAAAAAGAUACAAGAUCAAUGGACAUAGAAGAGAAAAAUGCUACAAUAGCUGAAAAAGAUCAAUUGAUAAAUCUUCUUCAAGUUACAAUAAAUCAAAAAGAUUUAGAAAUUCAAGAAUGGGAAGAAAAAAAUAAAAAAUGUAUUGAAAAAGCAAAAUUUGUUGUCAAAUCAAUGGAUAUAAAAAAUGUACUGGCAUCAGAUAGUGAUGCAAAUAUUCUUCAUAAUAAGUUAUUAAAAGCUAAUAAAGAAAUUACUGAAUUAAAGAAGGAACAAGAAAAUUAUAAAGUAACACAAGACUACGAAGAAAAAUUAAUGGCUACAGCCUUUUAUAAGCUAGCACAAAUGAAAAUGCAGGAAUCAGUUGAUCAAAGAGUAAUGAACCAAGGAUUAUUGCAUAGUCAAACGUUUUUGUCUAGACAUAGGCAUCAACAAAAUAAAAAUGUUGAAUUACCUAUUAUUUCUAAGUAAUUUUAAGAUCUUUUUAUAGAAAUUAAAACUAUUGUGAUAUUUUUUAAUAAAAGAUCUGAACUAAAGCACAGCUCAAAUAGAGUAAAUGUAUUAUUUAAAAAAUAAUACUUUUGUUUAUGGCCAUUUCAAUUAAUAUGGCAAAAUAUUUUGUAUUUUAAAUCUUAUAGUAAAUUUGUUUGGAAUGAAGAUGCAAUGUAUUAUUUAGUGAAAAUUAGUUUUGAUAAAAAUUGGUUAGUAGGCAUCAAGUGUGGUAUUUAUUUUUAAUGUUUAAUAUUUAUGAGUGAAAAAAAAUUAAAUAUUUUUUACUUUAUAUAUAACUUAACAGUUUAUUGAACUACUCAUAUCAGGCUUAUACGGUAACCCAUAAAAUAAGUUGAGCUUAUGUACAUUAAUAAGAUUAUAAGAUAAAAAAUAAGCUUACUUGUAACCUUAAUAGUAACUACAGUUUAUUUUUAACAAAAUUAUUGAAUAAAAACGAUUUCCUUUUUAUUACAACUUAACUUUAUUGAAAUAAUAAACUAAGUAUUUCAUGUAAAAAUGAGGAAAAUAAUAUACAGAAAAGAGUUAUUUAUAUUAAAUUUGUUUAAUUUUAGAAUAUUAGUCAAUUUACAGAAGUAGUAUUAUUUGAUAGAUGAUAAUUAUUUUUGUUGAAAUGAUUUUAUAGUAAAAUUAGAAUUUUAAUUUAUUUAUUUAUAAAACAUCUCAAUAUUGAUAUAUUGAAAAUGUUUUUAUGUUAUUAUAUUUUUGUAUAUUGAUUAUAAAUAAAUACAAUUAUUGACAUAAUAUGUUGUUAAUUAUACAAAUGUCUCAUUUCUCUAUUUAAUAUCCUCUUUUAACUGUGUAAAUUAAUCAUAAUAAAAAAUAAAUUCUAAAAAGUGAAUGAAUGAUUAAUGGGUUAUUUGCAAAAAAAAAUAUAGAUUGUAACAAUAACUAACAUAAAAAUAAUUGGAAUUGAAUAAUAAACAAACAAGCAUUUAUAAUUUCAACUAUUAAACAUUGAAAAUAAUAAAUUAAAAAACUUUUCUAAACAGUUCUGCUCAUUUGAUUUCAUUAUUAUUGAAUAAGAUACUAGUGUUAAAUCUAAAAUAAUGAUUAGACUGAACAUUUACCAACAGUCAACAUCGAGAUAUUUUUAUACAAAAAAAAAAAAAGUAUCACUAAUCUUUCAUUUUAUAAUUUUUUUUUUUUUGUAAAAUUAAAGUUACGUAUUAAUGAUAAAAGUAAUAAUAUUUUAGUUGUUCAAAUAGUAAUGAUUAAUAAAUAAUAUACUUUGUAGCAACUUGUUUAUGUUUUAACAAGUGCUGUAAUAAUAAAAUGGAAAUAAAUUAUAAAUUCAAAUUAUAUGGCAUAAGAUUAAAUUGUAAAUUGGUAAUAUAAUUUUUUUUUUUUUUUAUAUAUAUAUAAA